GGGUCACUGCGGGCCCAUCCCCAACAGCCUAAGGACACAAACUGCACCCAGGAAGGAGUCUGACCUGUGGGCCUGGAUUCUGGGCCCCCAGAGAAGCCUCGGGCCCAGGACCGGGAAAGCGAGAAGAAAGUUUGGACAGAGCCCAGCAUGUGGGGUUACCUGUCUGUGCUGCCCGCUUUCCUGGCCUUUUCCGCUAUCACUGGAGUCUGGAGCGUUUUUGCCCUUGCCGUGACCAACAGGUCUGUGAACCUCACGGAAGGUUUCCCCUACAUCAGCCUCUGUGGGUCUUACCCCCCUCAGAGCUGCAUCUUCAGCCAGCUGCUCAACAUGGGAGCUGCUAUGGCCGCCUGGAUCUGCAUUAUCCGUUACCACCAGCUCCGGGACUGGGGAGUCAGAAAAUGGUUUAACCGGCUGAUCCUGUGGACGGGGCUCCUGUGUGCCCUGGCCACCUCCGUGGUGGGCAACUUCCAGCAAAAGAACCAGCUGCACAUGCACCUGGUCGGGGCCUUCUUUGCUUUAUUCCUGGGCAACUCCUACUUUUGGCUGCAGCUUAUUCUUGUCUGGUACAUGAGGAGACUGCCCCAGCCCGGGGCCCCCUGGAUCGGGCCACUCCGUCUGGGCCUCUGCAGCCUCUGCAGCAUCCUCUUGGUGACCAUGAUGAUCCUCCAUUUCUGGCCGCUGCGCUCGGCCUCUGCCGCCUGCGAGUGGGCCAUCGCCAUGCUGCUUUUUGCACUCUUCGGCCUGUUUGCUGUAGACUUUUCCUGCCUGGACGGCUGCACCCUACACCUCCAGCCGGGCCACCUCAGCUCCCCGCCAGCCUCCCCCACCUCCCUGCAGAUUCACCUGUGAACAGUAGCCCGGGUGAUGAGGUCUGGGCCCCCUCCCUCCGUGCUGCCAUCAGGGCCACCCAGGAAGUGAGAGGUCAAGGCCAGCCAGCCAUCCCUGCUCAAGGCUAUUUAUUAUUAUUAUUAUUAAUUUUUUUUUUUUUUUUUUUUUUUGCCGCCGGCGGAAUCAGAGACACGGACGCAGGCAGGGUCACGCGAAACCAGAAUUCCUUCCGGAGAGCAAAUCCGUACAGAAGGGCCUCGGCGGGGAGAGCUGGUCAGCUCUGGGUCUGGGCGGCCGGCUUGGGGCUGUAGGCUUCUUGGUGGGGUGCCAGCAGGCCGAGUCUGGGCCCCGUUCUUCUCAUCUGUGGAGGAGGAAGCAGUGCAGCAUCACGAACCUCGAGGCUGCCGAACCCCAAGGAAUAUGUUCCAGCAACAUCGUGGUGAGGCCAAGGGCCUCCAUCCUGGGGCUGGAAGCCUGUGGGGACGGCUGCCAGGAUACCCAUUUGCAACCAGAGCCAGCAAGGUCACGGACAGCAGGUCAUAUAUCCUGGACCCCUCCAACCCUCGUGGCUUUGGAAACCGGGCCAAGUUAGUCCCAGUGAGACCCAGAGGUCUGACUCCAGGGGCAUUGUCACACACUCUGGCUAUGAGAUUAUUCGCUAAGGGACAGCUUGUCACAGCAGCAGAACACAUUCAAGUCCCCAGAUCACAGCCAAAGGUCUCCUUCUGCUACCCUGGUUGUUAGGGGAAUGCUCCUUAGUGACAGGGCACAGGGGAGCCUUACAGGGGGUUGUUUGGGGGAUCCGAACAAACCCGGAGGACUGCUUGCCCUUCUCCAGAACACUGUUCCAGAACCCUCAUUAGCAGGAAGUUCUACAACCCCACACAGAGACUAGGCACCCUCUGGGGGUCCCUGGAGGUGCCUUCCCUGGCCACAAGGGCUUCUCAGGCCAGGAUGGCCCGUGCCCUGGCCUGGAGCUCAGGCCCCAGCCUCUCUGAGAAUCUGUGAUCCUCGCCCAUGGACCAAAGCCCUGGAGCCCUUGCUCAGCAGGUCACCCCUCUGGCCCACAGGAUAAAGGAGGGCCACAUGGCUUCGGACCCCUGCCGCCCACCUGCCAGGGCCUGCACGGAGGGCUGGUCGUGAGUGCUCAGCAGCUGUGCCUGGAUAGUCUCCACCACUCGCUUGAACCGACGGCUGGGACCUGGAGGAGAUACGGAGAUGGGCUGACUUGGGGACAGAGACAGAAAAGGCCCUUCCACCCUGUGGAAACCAGCAAAGGACUUGCCUCCUCUUGGGCUCAAUUUCCGGCCCUGUGUUGGGACUAGGUAUUAUAAACCCGCAAUUUGCAAAUGGGACUAAGAAAGAUUGGAGUUAAAAUAAUGAUGGAUGUGGCUUUCUAUUUAUCGUGUUAGUUUCUAGCUGAGGCCCCGAAGAGACAGGAAUAUAAGAAAAAUAAACAGGAAGUUAAAAAAAAA